UGAAUGAGAGGAUUUCAGCCGAGGGGCAACGCAAGUGUCCAGUGUUUUCUGAAUGGAGUGACAGCGGCGGAUUUUGAAUGCAGCACAAUUUGCAAGGAACAGGAGUCUCCAGACCAGCCCUCCUCCUCCUCCCCCCCCGGCCGCUCCCUCUGGAAGAAUGAGCUCCUCGCCCCACGGCUCCCGCGCCUCCAUCGACAUCCUGGAGGAGCUCCAGCUCAUCGCCGCCCAGAACCUGGAGAAGCUGGACAUAAACAAGUACUACGAGGUCAUCCGAGAGCUGGGGAAGGGCACGUAUGGCAAAGUGGACCUCGUCGUCCACAAAAUAAGAGGCACAAAGAUGGCCCUGAAGUUCCUGCGGAAGAAGACCACCAAGCUGAAGAGCUUUCUCAGGGAGUACAGCAUCUCCCUUUACCUGUCGCCGUGUCCCUUCAUCAUCAACAUGUUUGGCAUUGCCUUCGAAACCGAUGACUAUUAUAUCUUCGCUCAAGAGUACGCGCUGGCAGGGGACCUCUUCGACAUCAUUCCCCCGCAGGUGGGGCUCCCAGAGGCCGUGGCCAAGCGCUGUGUUCACCAGGUGGCCAUAGCCCUGGACUACCUGCACUGUAAGAAGCUGGUCCACAGGGACAUCAAACCCGAGAACAUCCUCAUCUUCGACAGGGAAUGCCGCAAGGUCAAGCUGUCAGACUUCGGCAUGACGCGGCGCGCCGGCUCCCCGGUGAAGCGCGUGAGCGGAACCAUCCCGUACACCGCCCCCGAGCUGUGCGACACCUCGCGGCACGAGGGCUUCUGCGUGGACUACAGCACGGACGUGUGGGCAUUCGGGGUGCUGCUGUUCUGCAUGCUGACCGGCAACUUCCCCUGGGAAAAGGCCAUGCCGACCGACACCUUUUACAAGGAGUUUGUCCGCUGGCAGCGGCGUCGGACGGGCGCCGUGCCCUCCCAGUGGCGGCGCUUCACAGACGAGGCCAUGCGCAUGUUCCGCAGGCUGCUUUCCAUCGAGCAGGAGCGCCGCUGCUCUGUCAAAGAGGUCUUCAGCUACUUCAGCAGCUGCUGGAUGUUGGACACGGAGAACGGGAACGCCAGCGGAGGAGGAGGAGGCGGCGUAGGCGGUGGCGCAGUGGCCAACGGGCCCCCGGUGGACAUCAGUUCCUCCUCAUCUGAGGAGGACGUGCUGGUGGACAGACUGAAGCAGCAGACCCUGUCGCCUGCCGGCGUGCUGGCAAAGGGCAGCAUCCUCAUGGAUACCCACUUCUCCUCCGCGUCCGCCAACAGCUCGCCCUCCUCCACGGGCAGCUACGAGCGGGUGAACCGGGAGAACAACGGAGGCGGGCGCAUCCUGGUAGCCACGCCCAUCGAGAUCUGCGUGUAGAGAGUCGCAGUUGAUGUCAAUCAGGCUACUUAGGUUAGACGCGCACACGUGUAGUUGUUGUGUGCGCACCUGCAUGACACGGGGGUUGUGAAUGCAAAGUAGGAUAUCUUUCCAUGUGGGAGGAAGAAAAGAAAGCGAAGAGGAGGGGAAAGAGUGCAUAACGGAGUAUCCGCCGGCUAGUCGCCAGACAGAGAGAGGCUGUAUAGCUGAGUAAUUUCUGAUGAAGAGGUCCUCUGAGGGGGAUGACAACCACGUCAGACAAUCACGAGCUGUAGCCUACCGACGUGGUCAGUCUAUAAAUUCACCGGACAACUUUUCCAAAAACAAAAACAACAGAAAAAAGGUAAAAAAGGUAAAAAAGAGAGACGUGGAACAAUGCUUCCAUGUAAGAUCCAGACCAGAGCAAGACCAACAAGCAAUAUUUACGUUUUGAAAAACAGUCCAGUCACUGCACACAAAAAAAAACAAAAAACAAAACAGAAACAAAAAACAAAACUCGCUAAGCAAAAAGAGAAACAAUUUGCUUCGAUUGCGUCAGAAAAUACAAAUUGUGCAUAACAUUUUGGCCGACAUUGAUGUAACUGAAGAUACUGUCGUGCGUCUGUGUCCUACUACGCCAUAACACUGUUUGACAAAUAUGUUUGAAUUCUGUUUAAAUUAUUUAUUGGUAGCAGGUGAAUGUAUUGCCAUCUGAACGAAAAACAACCGGACGUUAUUUCGACCAUACCAACCAACCUAGUAUAUCCCCUUCAUUUCAUUAGCCUAAAUUAUCUCCAUUUACACGUGGGGACUGUGUGUGCUAGCUCUAACAAGAAAAACAAACAAAGCAAAAUUGUUAAUCAAGGCUUUUCGUGCAAGAGUUGCUUUCUCGUCUAGUCAUUGGUGUACUUGUAUUUUUUUCUUUCUUUUUGGGGCUUUUAAUUGUUACUAGUUUUUGAAAGGCUUGGUACAGAAUACAGGAACACGUGGCACAUUUUUUAUGUUGUGGAGGCAGACUCCGAGUGCAUAAAUCCAGUAGAAUAAAGAAAGAAAUAAACCCAGUGGAUGAAAAAAAUACAAAUAAAAAAACAACAAAACAACAGAGGGGAAAUGUAUGUCCUACAUAUAGCUUGAGUCAUACUACAGGAUCAAACAGCCACGGACGAAACUGAUAUCUAUUAUACCUACCUUCCAUUUUAAUGUGAGCCCAGAACUGGUCCCAGGUGGACACCAUUUCCUCCUAACCGCCAUAUACAUUGGUGUACUCCCCAUUUAGUUGACAGGGUCACCAUUCUCUUCAUCUGAGGUAUCUCUUCCUCCUCUUCCUCUGUGGCUUUGACACCUUCAUCUAUUGUAUAGUGGCAUACCACAAAGGAAAUCAGUGAAAAUACAUCCAUAAGACUUCAGUUGAUUACUUCCAAAUUGGAUAAUCACAAUUAGCCACAGAGGAAACUACAAUUCAUCCCUCUUAAAACCUGCAGUAGUGGGACCGUUGUUGAAUACUUUGAUGGUUGCCCAUCCUCGUCAGUCUGGUAAAUGUUGUCACGUGAUUAGGCAUAAUUAACAUUCACAUUCACUUGUUCAGAGGCCCAUGAAUGAAUUAAAAUGACUUUAUCAGUUUAAGUACGGCUGAACCAUUCACUGUCAUGAUCUUAAACUAGUUGUUUUUGUUUUUUUGUGAACUGAGGAAAGCGUACUGAAGUAAUAUGAAGAGUCUUUUUGUUGCUUGCAUGGUUUUGGAUAAGAAAAAUUAAAUCAGCGUAAAGAUAAGAUGAAAAUGACUAUUGAAAUGUGCCUACAUACAUAUAUAUAUAUAUAUAUAUAUAUAUAUAAUGUGUGUGUACACUUCUCUUAUUAUUGAAUAUACUGUUGAGUACAUUAAGUUGAGUUUUGCUGUGAACAUCAUUUGAAAGGUUACUGUGAAAAAAGACAAUAUGGUCCAUGUAAUAAAAAAAAAAAAAACAACUAUGGCAUUGGGGAGAAAAAAUAAUUUUUGU